AUGAGGCAUUCAUUCUUCAGCCCCACUAACAGUCAGGGGCUUGGUGAGAGCUCAUGGAGAGAGGAUCAGUCCAUUCAGCCUGAUGAAGAGCCAUAUCAACUCACCGAGGACUUGAUCAUGGAGCAGGGCAGGGAGGCCUGCUACUCCUAUGAGGAGUCCUUCUUGACUGACUAUAAGAUGAUGAUGACUGUGGGCCAUGGACAUUUUUCUGAGGUGAAACUGGCCUUCCAUGUUCCUACUGUAACCUGUGUGUCUGUGAAAGUUCUUCGAAUGAAGCAUGCCUCACUUGUUGCCAAUGAAGUCAGCAUCAUGAAAUCUCUCCAGCAUCCAAACAUCAUUAAGUUGUUUCAGGUGGUCCAAUCAAGAAACACCACCUACUUAGUGAUGGAGCACGCAUCAGAGGGAGAUCUUCUUCGGCAGCACAUUCUGGAACUGGGGUCCUUACAGGAGAGUGAGGAAUGAAGGCUAUUUACCCACAUUCUCCUUGCAAUGCAGUACUGUCAUGAAAACCAUAUUGCCCAUAGAGACAUUAAGGCAAAUAACAUACUACUCGACUGCAGGGGUAACGCCAAGUUGUGUGAUUUUGGCCUUGCUACUAAAGUGACCCAAGGGCAGAAGCUGAGGGAUAUCUGGGGCAUUCUGCUCUACUGUGCCCCAGAAAUCUUUGUAGAGAAGGCCUAUGAUGGCUGCGCCGUUGAUAUUUGGAGUUUAGGUGUGCUCCUCUUCCUCAUGGUGGUCGGGCUCUUUACCUUCCAGACUAUCUCUUCUGAAGGUGUGAGGUGUCAGAUCAUGGCUGCAAACUUCAGAAUACCUGAGCAUGUUUCCAUUGAUAUAUUCAAUGUCAUCGUCGAAAUGCUGAUGAUCAACCCGGACAGGAGGCCCACCAUUGACCAAAUCAUGAGGCACCCCAUGACCAGGGACAGCAAGGCACAUUCACAACCUAUGUCCACACAGAAAAGCCCUGGUACCGUAAGCCCUGGCAUUGUCAGCACCAUGACAGUCAUGGGGUAUAAGUCUGAGGAAAUCAUUGAUUCUCUGAGAGACCAAAACUACAACCAGGUGAUGGCCACCUACCUGAUUCUCCAACACCAGUCUCCUGGGGGAGACUGCGGCCAUCACCAUGUGAUACCCAUGCAGCCAGGCCAUGUUUUCGACCUGGCAGAUCAUCACACCUUCUCUGUGCCACUAAGGAGAGCUACUGAGCCUGCUAUUCUGAACUUCACCUUGCCAUCUAAACCCCAGGAGAAGGAAGAUAAGAAAAUGCCAGGCAGGGUGGCACAAGACAUAGCAUGCCUGCCACCUGUUCUGCCAGUCAGAGAAGACCUACCAUUCCUACCUAUCUACCAAAACCAUCAUUGA